AUGUCCUUUGAACAAGACGAGUCCCUAUUGAGUGACCCUACCACAGUGUCUAGUACAGCAUCUCAUCAACACCAGCAAGAGCAGGAAAUGCUAUCGUCGUAUUCCGUUCCGAAACCGCCAAUGUCCACUCAGCAAUCCACUGCUGCUACCGAAACUGAGAACGAGUCGUCUUCUACUCAACUGGAACAGCCUCGAACACUCUGGAUGGGUGAUCUAGACACGUGGCUAGAUGAGGCUGCCAUAGUUGACUUGUGGUGGCAAAUUAUGCGCAAGAAGGUCAACGUCAAGGUGAUCAAGCCCAAGAACCCAAAACCAGAGUCUCCUUACAUGGGCUUGACCCACCUGGGUUACUGUUUUGUUGAGUUUGAGAGCUACGACGAUGCUCAAGAGGCACUAAGACUCAAUGGCCAGCUUCUCCCUGAUAUCGCCAUGCCCUCUCAGCGUCACUUCCCCAAUAACCCUGAUAACCAGAAGAAGUACUUUAGGUUGAACUGGGCUUCGGGUGCAACGCUACUGGCACCUAUAGUUCAUUCACCGGAGUACUCUUUGUUCGUGGGAGACUUAAGUGCUUCGACCACAGAGGCUCACCUUCUUCUGUUUUUCCAAAAACUGUUUCCUGAUUCGAUCAAGACUGUAAGAGUCAUGACUGAUCCCGUGUCUGGAAAGUCUCGCUGCUUUGGCUUUGUCCGAUUUACAGAUGACGCUGAACGUAGACGUGCCCUUGUUGAGAUGAAUGGCGCCUGGUUUGGUGGUAGACCGUUAAGGGUCGCUUUGGCCACCCCCAGAAAUUCUUCAAUGAACAGCAGGUCUCCAAAGCAUGACUAUAGGAAUAACGCUAUGCCUCCCUCAACUCCUUACAUGGAUCAGCAGCCGGACUACAUGUAUCUUGGCCCUGGACCCAAUGCUCCAGUCCCUGGAGCACCUCCAACGACAUCUUCUGGAUACUAUUAUCCUCUGCCGAUGAUGGGAGAUAAAGCAUCAGAAAUGAACCCUUAUAGUAUGGGAGUCCCCGCUCAAAGUAUGCCACCACAAGGUAUGCCAACCAAUAUACCCCAUCAUGGCCAGCCGUACCUGGAUCCCACAAACACGACUGUUUUCGUAGGUGGGCUUUCAUCUGAAGUCAGCGAACAGACCCUUCUCACCCUUUUCAUGCCUUUUGGAGUUAUUCAACAGAUCAAAAUCCCCCCAGGCAAAAAUUGUGGAUUUCUCAAGUACUCAACACGAGAAGAGGCGGAAGAGGCAAUUCUGGCCAUGGAAGGCUUCAUUAUUGGGGGAAAUCGUGUUCGUCUAGGUUGGGGAAGAGUUAGUGCAAACAACAAGAAAUAUCAACAGCAAAGGCUGCUGUAUGCCCAAAUGGCUCAGAUGCAAGCUGCCGCUGCUAUGUCCAUGGGGAUGGACCCAGCUUCCGCAUACGCAGCUGCUGCGGCUGCCGCCGCCUCUGGAUAUCCACCACCUCUGAGCGGAAUGCCAGGUAACUCUUCUGGAUAUGCUCCAGUUCCAAUGAACAUGCCGCAAAUGCACCCGAUGAGUGGUGGGAUGUCUGCUUAUGGAAUGGGUGAACAUGGUCCUAAUAGCGAGGAGCUUAAUGACCACGAAUCAUCACCUACAUCGACUCACCGAGAUAGUCUACAAAAUCAACAUAGCGGUGAAUACGAGCAGACGGGCCACAGCGACCCCGACGCAUUGACCGCUACAUUGGAUCAGCUCCACAUAGACCCUGACUCUGCGGCGGAGAAGAAGGACUCUACAGAGAAGGAGCAAUAG